AUGGGUAUUAAGUGUUUAAUAUUCUGGGUAUCACCAGUCGGCGUAUCUCUCGGCAUCAAAAGUACCAGACCAAAAAAGGCAGCAAAUAUUCCAGCACUGGAGAGUGCAUAUUCCAAAUCAAGUCGACUAGAUCAUAAAAAGAUUUUAUCAUUAGCAAAGCACAUAGACAUGACUGAGCGUCAGAUCGAACGUUGGUGGCGUUUAAGACGAGCGCAAGACAAGCCAUCUACAUUGACAAAAUUUUGUGAAAAUACUUGGAGAUGUAUAUAUUAUACAUAUAGCUUUAUAUUUGGAAUCAUAGUUUUAUGGGAUAAGCCCUGGUUUUGGGAUGUUAAGAACUGUUGGUAUGGAUAUCCACAUCAGUCUGUUUCAGGUGAUAUCUGGUGGUAUUACAUGAUUUCAAUGGCUUUCUAUUGGUCCUUAACGGUGACUCAAUUUUUCGACGUAAAGCGAAAAGACUUUUGGCAAAUGUUCGUUCAUCACAUGGUAACAUUACUUUUGAUGUCCUUAAGCUGGAUUUGCAAUUUGCACCGAGUUGGAUCUUUGGUUCUAGUUAUUCAUGACUGUGCUGACAUUUUCCUAGAAGCUGCUAAAUUGACGAAGUAUGCAAAUUAUCAAAAAAUAUGUGAUAUAAUUUUUGCAAUUUUUACCGUUGUGUGGAUAGUGACACGACUGGGCUUCUACCCUCGCAUAAUUUACAGUUCUUCGAUUGAGGCGCCGAGGAUUCUCCCCAUGUUCCCAGCCUAUUAUAUUUUCAAUAGUUUGCUGAUUAUGUUGCUUGUACUUCAUAUUGUUUGGACAUAUAUGAUACUUAAAAUUGUAAUAGAUUCAUUGCAGAAAGGAUUGAUGUCUGGUGACAUAAGGUCCAGUGACAGCGAAGUCUCUGAAAGUUCGGAAAGCCAAAAAUCAAUCAACAAUGGUGAUGUGAAAAAUGUUAAUAAUGCAAAGAAGAAAGCUCCAACCAAAAAUUAA